UCAUGCUGCUGCCAAGUCCAGAGUCUGUCAUGGGUCCCUGUACGGCCUCCCAUUGCUGCUGUCUCCAUCGCCACACUCUGCCAUGUGCCACUUUCAGGUCUCCUCACACUGCUGGUGUGUUGAAUUUUUUGACAUAGGGUGCUGGCAGAUUACGGGCCUCCCAUAGCUGCUGCCAGGCCCCUAAUCUGCCAUGGGCCCCUAUAUACCGCCUCCUCAUGCUGCUGCCAGGUCCAGAGUCUCUCAUGGGUCCCUGUACGGCCUCCAUUGCUGCUGUCUCCAUCGCCACACUCUGCCAUGUGCCACUUUCAGGUCUCCUCACACUGCUGGUGUGUUGAAUUUUUUG